CUAAACUAAACUGCGAUCUCAGACUGCAACAGGUACUAGCCUAAACCGAUUCGUUCAAAUGUGAGUACUGUCUGUUCCUGUUGGUUGAGAAGUACACGUCAGCAGCCAAGUUGCACGUCAGGUCAACCUACUUGAUGUACUAUCGUUUUCCUCUUCCUGGUUUUAUGUUUGCUGCACAUGGCUCUUUUGUAGUGGUGUCAUUCUAAACACAUGUAAACUGAAAAGCAAGUUGCCUUGACAGAUUUGAGUGUCAGCAAAACACUUGUCGAGCGACCUGCCUGAACUGCAGUAGAAAUAAUGCAUGACGACUGUGUAAAGGCCGCAGUUUAAGAUGAAUCAAGUCUACAUUUCCCCACGACCAGUUUGACGGAGACUAUUAUACCACAUAGACUCGGCGUUUUAGGCUGCAGAAAGCACAAACUGCAGCUCAGCGCUACUCUCACCUAAGCAAAAUGAGACUGAGACUUCUGAAGAAAAAUGUGGCUGCUUUGCUAAUUAUCUCAGUAAUUCUGUUUGUAUUGUUUUAUUCGAAGUUUGUAAUAACAAAUGAGAGGGUUGUUGGGGAGAAUGUUCCCCGCGAAGGGACGCAGGCUGUUGCCAUAAAUACAUUUCAGUACGGGACUUUUUUAAAUAUGAGGAAGUCCGUAUACGACAGCAACUACAGGCAGUUCGUUCAGAACGGGGAUAAGUUUCCAGACGAGCCAGAAGUUGUGAUUGUUGUACAGGUUCAUAACAGACCUGCUUACCUAAAAAUGCUAAUACAGUCCUUAGAAAAAGCAGCUGAAAUACACAAGUUCUUUGUGGUUUUCAGUCAUGAUUAUUUCUCAGAGGAAAUUAGUGAUCUUGUAAAAGGGAUAACAUUCUGCAAGGUGCUUCAGAUACAAUUCCCCUACAGCAAGCAAUUAUAUCCCAACGAAUUUCCUGGGCAGGAUCCACAAGACUGUCCUAGAGAUAUAUCAAAGGAAAAUGCCAAAAAGAGAGGAUGCAUCAAUGCAGAAUAUCCUGACACUUAUGGCCAUUAUAGGGAGGCCUCCAUCACACAAACCAAACACCACUGGUGGUGGAAGCUGCAUUUUGUGUUUGAGCGAGUGAAGGUGCUUCAGGGAUACAAAGACUUUGCAGUCUUCAUUGAAGAAGACAACUACAUACUCCCUGACUUCUAUCAGUUCUUCAAAUCUAUGACCAAUCAUAGAAAAAGCCACUGUGAAGACUGUGAUCUCCUUGCGCUUGGCAAUCAUGAUGGUGUGUCUCGUUUUGUAGAACGGUCUGCCAAAACUGAAACUUCAGGGUGGAUGUCCACCAAGCACAACAUAGGCAUGGGCAUCUCCAGGGACGUUUACUACAAGUUAAUGGGAUGUAAUAGUGAGUUCUGCACCUAUGAUGAUUACAACUGGGACUGGACACUACAGAACCUUUCUGGCACUUGUAUACAAAAACCCUUGAAAGUUCUUGUAGCCUGUGGAACCCGUGUUCUCCACACGGGCGACUGUGGCCUGCAUCAGAAGGACACGUGUCAUCCCGAUUUGGCCCUUCAAAAAGUAGAGACAGACCUAAGGGAGGUAACAUCUGCCUUAUUCCCACAGACUCUAACCCUGACUGGCCAUGGACCAGUGGAGCACAAACCCCAUAUGAAAAAUGGAGGGUGGGGGGAUGUACGUGACCACACCCUGUGCAUCAACUACGCUGCACGACUCUGAAACAAAUGUUUUAAUUGUUGUGUUUAGCCAGCACAUGCCACCCAAAGUUUAAAGUUCAAGGCAAAUGUGAGUGCUAAUUUUAUAUUCCUUUCUUAAAAAAGGAAGACAUAAAAUCCAUCAAUAUUUGCUUCAUCUGGGUUAAUGCCACUUGGAAAGCUUAAACAUUGUAAUUACAAUAGUAAUUUUAUAUGGCCAUUUUUGUCAUGUUUUCAUGUUAUCCAUUAUUUACUUGCUUUUAAAAGAAAAAAAUAUGUUCUUGCCUUAAACAUAAUAUCGUUUGUUUCUGAAUAUACUGCCCAAACAGGUAUAUGAAAAGUAAACAUGGGAACAUGUCAUGAAAUUCUGCAUUUGUGCUGGCAUUAUCUAGCUAAGGACACUGAGCUAUUGCUGUUGUAAUUAUGCUUUCUAUUAAUACAAAUGCUUUGGCUUUUGUCUUGUCUUGUGUGUCAUGGUUCUAAUGCAUUGUCCAUCUGCUUUAAAAGGAAAGAUUCCACUUUUAUGAUAUUUGUACCAUAUUGCUGCUGUCGGAAGGAAACCUUGUAUCUCCAUUUUUGUCAUUUUCCAAUUUUUGACAUAAUUUCAAAGGAACUCUUGCCCUUUACAUUGUGUGUAAUUUGAUGAAUAGACCAAAAGAAAUG